AUGUUACAACCGUCAGCCCAUUUCCCCCCGCCGAUCACGUGCAGUCUCGUGGAGGUUACACUGGAUGACCAUCCCAUUUAUGAAGCCCUCUCAUAUGUAUGGGGAGAUCCUAAGCUUCAGUCAACUUUGCAAAUAGAGGGUGCAAGGCUCAAAGUCACGACCAACCUUGAACUUGCUCUUCGAUAUCUACGACUGCCUGACAAGCCCCGCACAAUCUGGGUUGACGCUAUCUGUAUUGACCAGAGCAACAUCGAAGAACGAAAUCAGCAAGUCAGACUUAUGAAAAGCAUCUACAGCUUUUGUGCGGUGGAUUUGGUGUGGGUUGGCGAGUCUGAUGAGUAUACCCAAAGUGCAAUCGACAAUGUCAAGCGCAUGAAGAGUCUGAAUCUUCAACGACUUACUGAUCGGGGUUCGAAGCAUUUUGGAAUUACUGGAUCAGAUGAGCUGGUCUCGCUCUCUGAGUUGGGUCUCGAUUGCGAAGCCUCGCUGGGCCUCCUACAACUCUUUGGAAGCCCUACUCUAUGGGAGCGAGUCUGGGUGAUGCAGGAAAUCGCGUGCUGUCCUCGAGCAGUAUUGGUUAUUGGGAACUUAACUCUGCCUUGGGAGACACUGAGUAGUAUAUUGGAUCAUUCGGGUACCCCCGACCGGUAUCAUCUGCCGUUUUCCCAUCAGUGGUAUGACCAGGAUAUUUGGGAUGCAUUCUCGAAGGUUCAGGUCAUCGAGCAUCAGAGAGAGGCUCUCAAUUUGACGGUUCCGAUCAAUUCAACGCUUUUGGAUGUCUUAUCACGCUUUCGAGCUACUUACAGUUCCGAUCCUCGGGAUAAAAUCUAUGGACUCCUGGGUCUAGCAACAGACAAUCUCGACAUCAUCCCCGACUACAAGAAGACCCCACAAGAAGUCUACAUUGACGUAGCACGAGCUCAGAUAAAUUCGACUGAAAAUCUGGAUAUAAUCACUCAGAGUCUCUGGCCACUCGGGCAUAUGCCUGCCACUGCCCCCCAUGCACACAAAAUGUAUUCCGGCAACCCGUCUUCGCUGGUUGAAAACCUUCCUUCGUGGCUUCCAAACUUCUCCUGCACAGUAGCUAACAAGAUUCUCUUUGCUCAACGUUCGACCUUUUCUGCAGGAGUGGAGAAAUGCAAGUGUCCUGUUGAAAUUUCCCCUGAUGACACGCUUACAGUCGAGGGUAUCGUCCUUGGCGCCAUAACAGCAAUGAAACCCGUUCGGAUGACGGUAUAUCCUCACGACUAUUACUUCUCACCCUGGGCGCGAGACUGGAUGCCCGAGAGUUUAGCAGACCCGAACUCCGAGGACAAAAUAUACGCCACUGGCGGGAAUGCAUUUGAGGCGUAUUGGAGAACUUUGAUGACUGACUGCCUCGCUCUUCCGUCUCGGAGGCUGAGUCAAGGAGAUCUGAAGGAGUACACAGAGAUCUUCAACGAAUGGCGUCGAAAAGCAUCUGUACUUCCGUGGUUUGACCCGAAACUUAAACAGCAUGAUUUGUAUGACGGGGAUCAAGGCCUGAUGAGCAAAAUAGGCGGCAUAGCUAGCAGGACUGGGAUCUCUUCUGUGAUGAGCAAAUGGCAGUUCGCUGAGUUGGGUGGUGGGCUGUACGCCAUGGUUCCUUGGGAAGGACACUUGGGAGAUAAUAAACCAUCGCAAACCGGUGAUUUGGUGGUUGCAGUUGAUGGUGGGAAGGUUCCUCUUAUUCUUCGGGAGAGGAAGAAUGUCGGCCAUCAUGAAAAUGGUGGAGUUAAGUGGGAGGUUAUUGGCACCGCGUAUGUUCAUGGAUUCAUGGAUGGACUAGCAAGCCAGUGGGCUGAGGAUGGAAAGUUGACGAGGAGGGAUUUUGGUCUGAUUUGAUUAAACUCUAACGAAAAUGACCGGAGAUUGACUGUCUCUUUCCAGGAGAGAGGGGAAGGAUGCCUGCGCUCAGUCUGUAAUUAAAAGGACGUACCUAACGAGGCACAGUAUAUUUGUCACUUUGUUUUGUGUUGUAGAGUGUGAGUUUCUUU